AUGAGACGGCGUACAACCUCAAAGUCUCAGACUUUACCGAAAAACUCUAUAUUAGAUGAACAACAAACUUUAGAGAAGUCCUAUGGAAUACCAUCUAAUGUUGCACUCCCAAAUAAUUUAAAUACUCUGAAGAGCUCAAAGGACGUUAGGUCUAGUUUGACAAAUGCUAAAAUAAUACAGACACACUCAAGUAAAACUAGUAACUCAGAAAAUAAAGUCAUAAUAAAUGAAGAUAAUGAAACUGGGAUUUUCUCACCAACUAAGAGGCCUAGAACUCGCAGAUUAGUUAAGAGUCUUGAGAAAACAAGGAAGCAAAUUGGAACUCUAAUAGAUAAUAGCAAAGGAGAAUCAAGUAUUAGUCAGUCUAAAUCACUACUCUUAGAGACUGAUACAGAAUCUGAAAAACCUACACCACAUAUAUCUCAGUUUAGUAAUACAAAAAUAUUGGUAAAAGAAGGAGAUACAAAUACAGCAGGUGAAGUUUCUAAAUAUAUUGAAUCAUCAGUAUUAAAUUUUCAAAAUACAGACUCUUUACCAUCAACAGCUCCUGAAUCAACUGUAUCAUCUCCUAUUAAGACUUGUAAAUUUAAAGAACAGCAACUCUCAAUCUUAAAUCAGAGAACUAAGAUCUCCGAUUUAGUAAAGUUUGGGUACAAUCAAAUUACCAUACCUGAUCACUUAUUACAAGAUCCAUUAUUUCUCAAUAAGAUGCAAAACUUCUUUUUACCUACGGAAUACGAACGUCUGAUAAUGAUAUUUCAUGGAUUAGAGGUAAUUAUGCGUUUAUUGGAGAGACGCCAAAGGCCAUUUCUAUAUCCAUGUUUUAUUAAAGAUCAGGCUGAGAGAGUAAUUCAUAAAUCUAUUGGAAUGAAGGAUCUUCGUCAAAUAUCAUGGAUUGCACCUUGUAUGAUGUCAUUAAGAUGGUAUAGGAUAAAUGAGAAUUCUCGCAUAAUUUCUGAUGAUUCAUCACAGAGUUGUUACCAAAUAGAAUUAGUUCCCUGUAAUGGUAUUAAUAAUCCAAUAUCCCGAUUAUCUCAAGUUACGAUUAAUGAAAGGGUAAACAAAUUUCGAUUAACUUUGAUACAGUGGGUUCUUUAUCAACAUGAUGAAUACUUAUAUAAUAAUAAAGCAAUUAAAGUUCCUAUUUUUCCCUUGGAAAAGCUAGACCACUGGAGUUUUGAAUUUGAUAAUAAAACUUGUAUUCCAAUACCAGAAAUUAAGAUGCCAGAAAAACCUGAAAUGUCCUGUAAGAAUUCUAAUGGAAUUAGUACUAUUAAAUUUUCUCAAAGUUUGACACCUAGUACUAGGAGUCUUUAUAGACUUAGAUUUAUGAGCAACUUGUCUCCUAUUGGUGAAACAACACCCACUUCAGAUAAAUUAACUCAGAGAAGAUCUAUAUCUUUAGAUCCGACAAUUAACUCAAAUAUACUCAAAUCUGAUAAUGAAUCAAAAGAGGAAACAUCAAAUAAUAAAGAAGAUAUAUAUUCAACCCCAAUAAGAAGAAGAAAUUCAUUAAAUGAUUCUGAAGAGCUAAAUAUAACUCAAAAGUUGCAAGACUCACAAAACUUAUAUGAAAGACCUAAUUAUACUUUUAGAUCUAUACCACGAACUGCACCAUCAACUCCAAUACGUUUUAGCUCUGCAUCCUCAUAUCUCGAACGCUCUAUAUCCCCAUCUAUAAAUUCCCAAAGCUCAGCCCACUCAAGAUUAUCAUCAUCUAGUUUGAACCAAGUAAAAGAUCGAAACUUAAUGACACCUUCUAGAAGAGCAUUAUAUGAUUGUGUUAAAUUAAGAGAACAAGCUCGUGAAGUCUGUAAACUGGUGUCAAAUGAAGAUCAACAAUUUAAUGAUAAAAUAAGAAAUUUAGAGUCACAAUUAUGGACUAUACAGCAACUAUCAUAUUUGUAUAGUCACAACAAAACGAUCAUGCCAAUUUUGCAAAUGCCUUUACUAAUCCGUAAAUUAACAAGUUCUGCUAGAAAUACUCCCUCUAUUAAGGAUGUUGAAGAAGCUUUAUUUGUUAUAUCAAAUAGAUGGCCAGAAGUUGUACACUUAGGAAACUCUUUGGUAGAUGAAGGUGUAAAAUUAGUGAAAUUUCAGCGAGAUGAUAUAUCUGUCAAAUCAAUCAUUAAAGUUUUAACUCAAGAACGUGAAAAUAUAAUUAAGGAACGUGAAGAUUUUCGUUUGAGAACACUCAAUGCAUAUACAAAAUAA